CUGUCAUUCAAAUAAAAGUCAGCGUCCGGUUCGUGUUUUUUCAAAGUCCUUUUAAUUUAAUCCGUCCUUUGGUUUCUAGUUUCUAGUCUCGUCGCUGCGUGAAGAAGUUGUUUUUCGUUUUGUUCUUUACUUGAGUGUAUUUCGCUGAAAUGGGUCUCCGAAGCUGGAAGAGGGUUAUUUUUGCAUGGGUACAGAAAUGUGGUUUCGUGGACGAACAUUUUUUGACCCUCGAACAAUCCAAUAUAAAUAUAUUUUUUCUUCGUUAUCUGGAGUAUGAUCAUAUGGAAAUCUUUCUAGACACGGUCUCGACACAGGGUUCGGAUCGAGCCACACCGUUGAUACAAUUUUUGAAAGAUGUUUAUCCAGACUUCUGUCCCAAUCUGGACAGAAGUGGCAAUCUUGAUCGCACCGACCAUCUGAUGGUCUAUACACUGAUGCUGCACUACGCCUGUGUAAUCAAAAAAAGCGAGAAAUAUCAACUUAUAUGCACAGAGCUCUCGGAAUCCAUGCAAAGGUCGAUAGCAUCGUUUCUAAGGCACAUAGUUGAUAGUCAAAAGAUAACACGUAACUGCCUGAAAGACGCCUUACAAACAUCACCGAAAUUUGUGCAUCCGCGUAACAUUGCCUCGCCUGAUACAAGCAUAUCCAAUAGUCACACCGUUGUUGCCAGCAUUCCCCAAACUCCGGGCACACCAGUAACACUCGACACAGCAAGUCCACAGACACCGACAGAGACGCCGUCGCACACGAGUGGCAAUUCACCGCUACCGAUUUGUGAUUGUGCAAAGUUAACUUACAGCGUGGAGGAGCACAGGAUGAAUGGCUCGCAAUUGCAAAGCUCUAUCGAUGCACUGACUGCUAACACAAUCGAGCUAGAGGAAAGCCUUGUGCAGCCUGCACGCCACAUAGAAGAUAAUGAACAAAUGAAUGCCUAUUUGGUGGCACAGCAGGACAUGGAGCAGGCGAGAAACUUGUCUCAUGAACUGGCGCUAGGACAUGCACAAAACGCUACGAAUCUAAAGAAAAUGGAGGCUAAAGUUGUAGAGUGGCGCCAAAAAUACGAAUCAAUUUUAAAGAAGAGCCUCGCUAACGAAGCCGAAACCAAUGAGAAUGAACGCAAGCGCCAGGACUUGGUUGAAAGCUCUAACAUUUCCAUGACGGAGAUGCGUUCGAAAAUUGAUGCCUUAGAAGAAAAAUACAGGGAAUCACAGACGAACUACGGACAACUCCUCUUUGAGCGAAACAACCGAGAUGUGCAGUAUGAAAAUGAGCGCAUUGAGAUUGAAUUAAAGUUGGCGAAUUGUUGCCGAGAGCUUGACGAUCGAAACGAUUCUCAUGCGUUGCUGCUGAAAAAGUAUGAGAACCGAAUGGAGGAACUCAACGACCUGAAACUGGAGCGUGACACCCUGAUGGAGGUUGCAAAGCAGCACAAGAUGGAAUUAUCCGAAUUUCAAAAGAUGCUUGCUCAAGCUAAUAAUGUGACCAAGGAGAAGGAGCUGCUUCAUCGAGAACUAAUUGAUCUGCAAAAAAAAACCGAACAGGAUGCUGAAACAAUUACGAUCAUAAAGGACUAUAAGGAUCUACUGCUCGUGAAAAGAAACACCCUAGAUGAGCAGCAUCAGAAGGAGCUUGUUAAUGUAGAUCUGAUGUUGGCCAAUUGUCGGCAAAAACUCGAUGAACAAAACGAGUCUUAUGCGAUGCUGCUGAAAGAGCGUGACACCCUGAUGGAGGCUACAAAGCAGAACACAAAGGAAUUGUCCCGCGUUCAGCAGAAGCUGGAGCAGCAGCAGAAGCAGCAAGAAAAUAUGCAAGAAGAACUUAAGCAGAAGGAUGCGCAAAUAGAAGCCCUGCGCAAGGAAAAGGAAAUGAUGCGCAAAUCCGAACGUACUGUCAGAAAGGACCUCAAUGUUUUGAUCAACAAAACCGAUGAGAAAGAAGCACACCUCAAUCUGGAGAUUGGUUCUCUCAACUUGCAAUUGAUGCUAACCAAUCAGCGUCUCGAACAGCUGGUACACCAAACGGAGACACACGACGGGGAAGUAGCACAGCUACAAGUCAAGAUAGCUGAAGAUGGCCAAGCACUGGAAGCUGCCAACCAGGAGCAGCUGUGCUUGCAGAUGGAAUUGCAAUCACGACGCGCACUCAUGGCGACUAUCGAACAUGCACAUAAAUUGGAAAAUAAAUCACUCAAACAGCAAGCAAAACUCCUCCAGUGUACCCUCCAGGAAAUUCUUCAAGUGAAAAUGGAACUGCAAUCAAAUCUUCUGAAGCAGCAGGACGAACACAACAAGCAGCUCAAGUUGUACGAAGAUCAACUCGAGGAGUCUGAAAACAGAUAUGCCUUCCUACAAGUCAACAUGACUGCCCAGCAAAAGACCUCGGAGGAGCUCCAAAUUCAGUUAAGCCAGCAAUUAAAUGUCACCAAAAAAGAUCUGGCGGACGCUAUGGAACGCCUCAAUGCCACCUAUACGGCAUCUGCUGAGGAGGAGGGACUACCCGAUCGGAGCACCCUCCAACAAAACUGUCAGGUGUUGCAGGCCAAAUACCAGGAAGCGAAAAAAUAAGAUAGAAGAACUGCACCGCACUUUAUACACCGCGGAGGUGACACGCAUGAAGGAGAAGCAG